AAAGCAGAUGUUGCGCUUUUUUGGAAGCUCGGUCUCUGUUUCCGCGCUGUCAUUGUUUCCGUUUCCACCUCCGAGCAGACUCACGCCUCCACAUAUCUUUCGUGAUUUGCCUUGAAUCUCCUUCGUAGGCUGCUUUGGGCUGUCUGCAGUCGGACCACACUUCAGAACUUUUGCUACCAUGGGGGACAUCGAAGCUCCCAACUCGACUGGGCAGCAGCAGAGUGUCUUCCAGUCUAUUCUUCCGAGCAAAGAGUUCGCCUCUUCAAGGAAAGGAAUGCUGCUUAUUGCUGAAGUGGGUCUGUCCUUCAUAUCGUUUGUGUGUUUUGCGGCGUCCACAGCUGCCGCCUUCGUGACAUUUCCCCUGCUGGAGUUCCUAGUGGCGCUCUUCCUACUGUUCGCUUACUCCACAAAAUUCAACGAGAGGUUUAAAGGCUUCCUCUGGCCUCUCAUGGAUUUCAUGAGGUGUGUGACAGCAUCCAUUAUCUAUUUUAUCAUUUCCAUAAUUGCAAUUUCCAAAUAUGUGGAUGGAUCCUCUAAGGCUGCUGGGGUUUUUGGCUUCAUUGCCACCAUUGUUUUUGCUUUAGAUUUUUACCUCAUUUUUAAUGAGCUGGCCAAUUUCCUCAAGCAAGGAGGGGAGUCUACCGAAGAGACAUCUCGACAACAAGAUGAGUUUUCAGACUCUGAUUCAGACUGACAUCACCUGGGUCCUCAUCAGCUGAAACAUCUGAGCACAAAACCAAAAAGGAGGUUAAAGGAGGAAUAACCAUAGCUGAGCUGUUAUCUACAACAAUAAGCAUUUCAGAACGCCACAAGCUGAUGCUACAAUUGUCAUAUUCAGUGUUGGUCAGUUAAUUACACUUAAAAGUAACUGAGCCAUAAACACAUUUAAAGUGGUAGGAGCAGAUACUCUUCAUCAUCUUAAAGCAUUUUACUUGUGUUGUUCAGUCCAUACCAACCUGGAAAUCAAACUCAUACAGUCAUGUCAAGAACUUCCUUGCCCUGUAUCCAUCCUUAUAAUGAUCUGUGAGGUAUGUUUCUGUUUUCAGUACUUUUUUAUUACACUGAAACACCCCACCUUUUUAUUUUUUAUUUGGUUAGUAAAAAAUGCAGUUAUCAAAAAGGUUAUUAUCAGCCUGAUGCAUGAACUAUAAAAAGCUGUGAAAUUGUUUGGUCUUAUUACAGUCAGUUAAGUUUGUUGAAGCUGUAUGAUUGAAAUAAUUUGGAAAUACAUAUUGAAAGAGUAACGCUGGUGUAAACACAUAAAUAAUGCUCUGUUUGUAGAAAAUACACACUCCACAGUACUCAAAAAGAAGAUUUUACAAAUUCUUUAUAUAGAAGAAUUUUUUAAAUGAAGAAUGGGACCAUUAUCUUUUAUAAAUUUACAGUGGGACUUUUAAAACAUAUGUACAGUUUAGUAAAUAAAAUAAACUGGUUGCAGGUUGGCUGGUUACAACCUAAAUCCAACUGACUUUCAGCUUAGCUUUACAGAAGUGUAUUUUUUAUGAUUUUUAGAUACAUUCAUUCAUCUUCUGAACUGCUUUAUCCUUAUGAGGGUCGCGGGUUUCCUUUAAAUGUAGAGUUUUGCUUGAACAGCUUCAGCAGAAUGCUUUAAUUCUGAUCCUCUCAGCUUUUUCUACAUUGUGGUAUUUUGUAUGUGUGGAAAAUUACUAUGAAAAAAAAGCGUUUGAUAGUUUGUUGAAUUAACCCCAUUUUUUAGAGCCUGUUUUACUAUUUACUUCAGUUUGUCCACUGUAUGUUUAAUGUGUACUAGUAUGACUGUUUUUGUUUGAUGUCCAAUAUGUGAAUAAUUGUGAUUAUUGCAUUGAAAAUAUCUUUAGCAUCUUAUUUUGUUUGUGCAUUGACAUUUAUGCAUGUGUGAUUGAAUCUUCACUUUGUCCACUGCCACUACUGAAGCAUUAACGCCAGAGUGACUGUAUAUGUAAUACACUGCACUACAAAAGUGUUAAGACGGCAUUAGUCGUAAAAAAUGAACUAAAGGAAACUUGACAUGUGGAUUUCUUACACACAUAAAGCAUUUUACUGGUCUUCGUCAUCAUCUGUUGCCCAUAAAGUUGGAAUAAUUUUGUUUUCAGACACACUCCUGUUUUUAUUCCUAUUUAUCCACAUCAGUAAUUACCUUUAACCAGGUGUAAUGAUCACAUACUGAGUCCUAGUUACACUUUAACAAGAAUAAAUCACAUUGUCACAAUCAUUUCAUGAGAAGAGGUAAAAAUAUAUUAUUCUGACUUUAUGGGCAAAAGUAUAAUUGGAGUGCUAAUAGCUAAGACACACAAUUUACUCCAUGUUUGUACACUAGUGUGACUCAUGACAGAUUUUUUAUAAAGUGUUACUCAUUCUGGCUUCAGUAAAUGUAGUUUUGUAAUUUCUAAACAAAAAAUAACCUAUACAACUAUGACUUACUGCAGCUUUUGUACAGUCAUAGCCAACAGUUUUGGCAGAGACACAAAUUGACUCAAUGUAAUAGAUGUAAUUUAUUUCCAAAAGAAGGGUCUGAAACGUCUGAAGUGCCUAUAAUUGAUCAGUUUAUCUCAAACAUUUACAAAAGACUAUGUUACUAUCAAUACCUUUGUCUCCCACUUUACACAAAUGAAGACACAAUAAGAUCUUCAGUGAUGGACUGUUAUAAAUUUUGCCCUGUUGACCUUGCACACAUACAGUUAUCCUGACAUGAAAACUUAAUGUUUUAUAAAUGAGGUGCCUUGCUGUACUAUUGUAGUGAAAAUGAAAAGUAAUUAUGUGGUUUUACCCUUUUAUGUGACAAAUAUUUCAAUAAAAACCUGAAAUGUUUCCAA